CCUGGUAACAGGAGGGGGGCUUAAUUGAAUCGGACAAGGAGGCCAUGGAAUUGGCGACGGAGAAAGAGAGAGAGAGAGAGAGAGUGAGUAAACAGCCCCACUACCAGCAUCAGAAUUGAACCUAAGUUAAUUGACUUAGGCCGGAUAGGCAGGGUACACGUUGUUCUACUCUCCCGUCGGCUUUUACGUUGAAAACACCAGUGUCGCGCGUAAGUCGAUACCGAUUUGCAGUUCUUGUUGGUGAAGAGCGAAAAUUAAUGGAUCAAUACAGAUUAAUUACAAUCGUUAGGCACAAUUUGACGUUGUGGGACAGGAGCUCCGAAUACUUCAACGACAAGGAGGUUAAGCAACAUGUCUGGGACAAAGUUGCUGAUUCGUUGGGUUCUACAGCGGAUGAAUGCAAAAACGUUUUCAAAGGACUAAGGGAGAAAUAUAUCCGGGAACGGGAGAAGUUCCAGAACGGACAACUACCUACUUGGGAGCUGUUCCAUCAUUUAACUUUCUUGGAACCACACAUAGUGGAGCGCCAAAAAUACUCAAUAUACAACAGCAACCAGAAGGAAUCAUCAAAUAUGAAUGUAUCACAUUGCAAUCCUCAAUCUUUCGAUAGAAACCUAAUUAAUAUUGUGCGGAAGACGGAACAGAUAUGGAACAGAAACUCCAACUCGUACACGAUGAACAGAAGUUUGAAAAACGAAUUGUGGAAGGAAAUAGGGAAGAAACUGAACAGAGACGAGAGGUAUUGCAUGCUGCGUUGGAAGGCGUUAAGGGAGAAGUACAUCCGCCAGAAAAACAAAGCCCAGCAGUUGGGCGAGCCUAGAUGGGAGCUGCUGGAAGAUCUGCAAUUCCUAGACCCGGUCAUACUCUACAGAAGGAAAGCCGAUGCGUCUGCUUGCAAUUACUCCAUCAUGAACCAGCAACAAAGCUUCAACGGUCUUCACAACGAACUCGUCGCAAGGAACAACGAGCACUUCUACCCAGCCAGCGACGACAAUUCGCUUAACGAUUCCAACGAGAUGACCAUCAAGUUGGAGGCCGAGACCGAAAGUCCGGACAGUUCGUUGGACAUGACGCAGAGUGAUCAAACGGAUGCGUACCCCUACGAGAAUCCAGACAGUUCCUACCGCAACACCAGCGAUAUUGACGCCAGGGAUGCGUUGCCCAGCGAAAACGACGAACCGGACGCUAAGAAAGCGAAGACGGAUGAUGACGAAGGGAAUACACCUGAAAAGUUAUUCGGGAACAUGGUCGUACUGAUGCUGAUGCGCAAACCGGAAGCCGAACGGAAUCUGGCCAUGGUCGAGAUAAUGAAAGUUCUUUCCAAGUGAUUAAUUAGUUUUAUUUUUGAUGUUCAGUUUGCAUUAAA